GGAGUACUUUGACGUCCUUCUUGAAUUACAUUGACAUGGUCUUGAUUUUCUAGCUGCAUUUAUAUAUAGAGAACAUCUCAAAACUUGAGGUUUAUUUCCAAAUCCUAUAAGAAAGAAAAGGACAUGAGAAAACCUUAGAAAGAGAAACAAAGAGAGAAAAGAAGAGAGGUUGAAGAUGAACAUGGUGGUGCAUGGUCUGUUUUUGGUGGCUAUUUUAAUUCUUGCUUCUACAAAGCUGGUUAUGGGUCAAUCUACGCCAAUUUGCCAAACGAAAUGCGGCAACGUCUCAAUCGAGUUCCCUUUUGGCCUUUCUACUGGUUGUUACUAUGCCGGACAAGAUAACUUCAACCUCACCUGUAAUGAAACAACAAACGAGCUAUUCUUUUUCAACAUGCAAGUGAUCAACAUUGCUCACAGCGGCGAGCUACGCGUCCUCCAGUCUACAUCCUUCACCUGCUACAACAGCGAAAAUAAUACUAAUGAACUUUUCUACAACACUAAUCUGGUUAACUUUACUCUUUCCAACAAGAACAGGUUCACUGCCGUGGGUUGUAACACAUACGCGUUCAUGACCACGUUUAAAAGAGACCGAAACUACUCAACUGGAUGUUUGUCGUUAUGCGAUUCCACUCCAAAAGAAAACGGGCUGUGUUCUGGUGACGGAUGCUGCCAAACCUCCGUUCCUAAGAGGAGCAGACGUUUCAGAAUCAGAUCCAGACGCUUUGACAGGGAGACGUCUGUUAGUGACUUUAAUCCUUGCUUCUAUGCCUUUCUUGUCGAAGAUGGUAUGUUUAGCUUCUCUCCUUCCCAAGAUCUUCAGAAUCUGCGGAAUGUUACCAAGUUCCCUAUAGUAUUGGAUUGGUCCAUUGGAGAACAGACAUGCCUGCAAGUCGGAAACACAAGCAUAUGCGGUAAAAACAGCGAGUGUUUGAACUCUACUACUAGAACCGGGUAUAACUGCAAAUGCAAAGCCGGUUACGAAGGGAAUCCAUACCUUCUAGACGGCUGCCAAGACAUAGAUGAGUGUACUACUAGUAGUACUAUUUAUAGACAUAACUGUUCAGCUUCCAGCACCUGUAAUAACACGAUGGGACACUUCCUUUGUUAUUGCCCACCUGGUUACAACUUAAAUGCCACCAAUAAUAGCUGCAUGCGUAAAGGCAGGUCUGAAUACUAUGGAUGGACUAGAAUUUUUCUUGCAACAACCGUCGGCUUCUUGGCCAUCCUACUUGUCUUCGGCUGUGUAGAACAGAAAAUAAAGCACAGGAAAAACACCGAGCUCCGAAAACACUUUUUUGAGCAAAACGGUGGCGGCAUGCUGCGGCAGAGGCUCUCAGGUGCAGGGACAUCAAAUUCUGAUGUCAAAAUCUUUACUGAAGAAGGCAUGAAGGAAGCAACUAAUGGUUAUGAAGAAAGCAGAAUCUUGGGCCAGGGAGGCCAAGGAACAGUUUACAAAGGGAUAUUGCCAGACAACUCCGUAGUUGCUAUAAAGAAAGCUAGGCUUGGAGACAGCAGCCAAGUAGAGCAGUUCAUUAAUGAAGUGCUAGUUCUUUCACAGAUCAACCAUAGGAAUGUUGUCAAGCUCUUGGGGUGCUGUCUAGAGACUGAAGUUCCCUUGCUGGUCUAUGAGUUCAUAAACAGUGGAACCCUUUACGAUCACUUGCACGGUUCAAUGUCUAAUUCUUAUUUGACAUGGGAGCACCGCCUGAGAAUAGCGGUGGAAAUCGCUGGAACUCUUGCCUACCUUCACUCCUCUGCUUCAAUUCCAAUCAUCCACCGUGAUGUCAAGACUGCUAAUAUUCUUCUGGAUGAAAACUUAACUGCAAAGGUAGCUGACUUUGGUGCUUCAAGGCUGAUACCUAUGGACAAAGAGCAGCUCACAACUAUGGUGCAAGGCACUCUAGGUUACCUAGACCCAGAAUACUACAACACAGGGUUGCUAAAUGAAAAGAGCGAUGUUUAUAGCUUUGGGGUAGUUCUGAUGGAACUGCUCACAGGCCAAAAGGCAUUGUGCUUCGAAAAACCACAACAGUCAAAACAUCUUGUGAAUUACUUUGCUUGUGCCAUGAAAGAGGAUAGGUUGCACGAGGUUGUUGACAGCCAAGUGAUGAAAGAGAAUAACCAGAGGGAGAUACAUGAAGCUGCAAGAAUUGCUGUUGAGUGUACAAGACUGAUGGGAGAGGAGAGGCCAAGGAUGAAAGAAGUAGCUGCACAGCUGGAGGCCUUGGGAGUCGCCAAAACCAAACAUGAGUUGUCGGAUCAGUAUAAUGAGCCAGAGGUGAAUAAGCACUUGGUCGGUGUUGAAAUCUUACCAGCACAAGGGGAUACUGGUACCACUGGCUAUGACAGCAUCAAGAAUGUAACAAGAUUAAACAUUGAAGCUGGCCGUUGAUUAGACUGUAGGCCAUGUUACAUUGGAUCAUGAUCAUGUUUCUUUUCUCUUACUUUUCAUCCUAGACAUUUAAAAUACAUAAUAAAAGAAAUGACAUUAAGAAAACCCUCUGUGCUCGAGAGAUUCUUGAUUCGUCAGAUCAUCAUUGUUACAUGUAUUUAAGCAAAAAAAAAUCAUUAAUCAUUGUGUUUAUAACUCUCCUUGAUUGGAAC